CAGCCAAUGGGCGGCAGGGUGGCUGGAUUCCCUCCCCCCACCCCACCGUGGGAGUGGCGGCGCAAACUGUUCCGAUUCCAGGAUCAGGCUCUGCAUCCAUGGAGCAAGCCGACGUGCCGAGUUCAGAACUUGCUAAGGCCAUCAAACCUAUCGAUCGGAAGUCAGUCCAUCAGAUUUGUUCUGGGCAAGUGGUUCUUAGUCUAAGCACUGCCGUGAAGGAGUUGGUAGAAAAUAGUGUCGAUGCCAGUGCCACUAACAUUGAGCUCAGGCUUAAAGACUAUGGGGCGGAGCUCAUUGAAGUUUCAGACAACGGAUGCGGGGUAGAAGAAGAAAACUUUGAAGGCUUAACUCUGAAGCAUCACACUUCUAAGAUUCAGGAGUUUGCUGACCUCACUCAGGUUGAAACUUUUGGCUUUCGGGGCGAAGCUCUGAGCUCACUCUGUGCACUGAGUGAUGUAACUAUUUCUACCUGCCACACAUCUGCGAAGGUUGGGACUCGACUGGUGUUUGAUCACAAUGGAAAAAUCCUCCAGAAAACCCCCUACCCACGACCCAGAGGGACGACAGUCAGCGUGCAGCAGUUAUUUUAUACGCUACCUGUGCGCCAUAAGGAGUUUCAAAGGAAUAUUAAAAAGGAGUUCUCCAAGAUGGUCCAGGUCUUACACGCCUACUGUAUCAUUUCAGCGGGCGUCCGUGUAAGUUGCACCAAUCAGGUUGGACAGGGUAAGAGGCAGCCUGUGGUGUGCACCAGUGGAGGCUCCAGCAUGAAGGAAAAUAUCGGAUCUGUAUUUGGGCAGAAACAGUUGCAAAGCCUCAUCCCUUUUGUGCAGCUGCCCCCUAGUGACACUGUCCGUGAAGAAUACGGGCUGAGCUCUUCCCAGGCUCUGCAUAACCUGUUUUGUAUCUCAGGUUUUAUUUCUCACUGUGCUCACGGCGUGGGAAGAAGUUCAACGGACAGACAGUUUUUCUUUAUCAAUCGGCGGCCUUGUGACCCAGCAAAGGUUUCCAGACUUGUGAAUGAGGUCUAUCACAUGUAUAACCGGCAUCAGUAUCCAUUUGUUGUUCUUAACAUUUCUGUUGAUUUGGAAUGUGUCGACAUCAACGUUACUCCAGAUAAAAGGCAAAUUUUACUACAGGAGGAGAAGCUUUUGUUGGCAGUUUUAAAGACGUCUUUGAUAGGAAUGUUCGAUAGUGAUGUUAACAAACUCAACGUCAGUCAGCAGCCACUGUUUGACGUCGAAGGUCACUUAAUAAAAAGGCAUUCGGCAGAGGUGGAGAAGCCCGUGCCAGAGAAGCAGGAUGAUCCCGCCCCGUUAAGGACUCGUGGGGAAGAGAAAAGGGCAGUGACCAUUUCCAGACUGAGAGAGGCCUUUUCCCUUCGUUACACAGUGGAGAAUAGGUCUCGGGGUCCGAAGGCCGCCGACCCAAGACGGAUUUCUCCACGACAGAAAAGCAGCACCCCACUUCCUAGCGCUUCAGGGCCCCUCUGCUCCUGGAAGCACAUCUCUGAACCUCGGGAGGAAGGGGUGACUUCCACUCAGGAGCCCUGUGACCCGACGGGCAGAGUGGACACGGAGGAGGGCUGGGGGCACAGCAGCGCAUCUGCCGGCUCUGAGGAGGGGUCCAGCACCCCAAAAACGGGCAGCCAGCCCAGCAGUGACCAUGUGGCAAGCUCCCCCAAAGAUGGGUUUUCGCAAGAAAAUGUGGAGUCUUUGGAGAAGUUACCUGAAAUGGACCAUCGUCUUUCGGGCAUGAAUUGCCACUUAGACCACGAAGAAAACAGCUCCCGAGCUAGAGUUUCGCUGCAGCCAACUCAUCUCUCAUCCCCAAACGCAAAGCGUUUUAGAAAAGAAGGGGUUCCUUUGAAUCCCGAUGUCCCUCCAGAGUCCAUGAAAACCCGGAACGCCUCAGCGUCCGAGGUGGAUGUAGCUGUUGAAAUUAACAAGAAAAUAGUGCCCCUUGACUUUUCUAUGAGCUCUUUAGCCAAACGAAUAAAGCAGUUAUGUCAGCAAGAACAGCAACAAGAAGGUGGACAAAAUUAUAGGAAGUUUCGGGCAAAGAUUUGCCCUGGAGAAAAUCAAGCAGCAGAAGAUGAACUAAGAAAAGAGAUAAGCAAAACGAUGUUUGCAGAAAUGGAAAUCAUUGGUCAGUUUAACUUGGGAUUUAUCAUCACCAAACUGAACGCAGAUAUCUUCAUAGUGGACCAGCAUGCCACGGAUGAGAAAUACAACUUCGAGAUGCUUCAGCAGCACACAGUUCUCCAGGGUCAAAGGCUCAUAGCACCACAGACUCUCAACUUAACAGCUGUCAAUGAAGCAGUUCUAAUAGAAAAUCUGGAAAUAUUCAGAAAGAAUGGCUUUGACUUUGUUAUCGAUGAAGACGCGCCGGUCACUGAAAGAGCUAAAUUGAUUUCCUUGCCAACUAGUAAAAGCUGGACCUUUGGGCCCCAGGACAUAGAUGAACUGAUCUUCAUGCUGAGCGACAGCCCCGGUGUCAUGUGCCGGCCUUCCCGGGUCAGGCAGAUGUUUGCCUCCAGGGCCUGUCGGAAGUCUGUGAUGAUUGGAACUGCUCUUAACACAAGUGAGAUGAAGAAACUCAUCACCCACAUGGGGGAGAUGGACCAUCCCUGGAACUGUCCCCACGGAAGGCCCACCAUGAGACACAUUGCCAAUCUGGACAUCAUUUCUCAAAACUGACAACAUUUCUCUCUUUUGUUUUUUUUUGCGGUACGCGAGCCUCUCACUGUUGUGGCCUCUCCCGCUGCGGAGCACAGGCUCCGGACGCGCAGGCUCA